AUGGCAGGUAACACCUCCGUGGUUGGCGAUGUGAGGCUUCCGAGUGGCUAUCCAGUUAUUAUUGUCCAGAUCCUGGUGAUCAUUUUUCUUUGGAUCAACAUGUUGCUGAUUGCAACCUUUUUAAAAACAGCGUCUUUUCACACGAGCGCUCGCUACCUCUUGUUUGCCCUAAUGCUGCUGUCAGACAGCUUUUUGUUAAUCGUGUCUGACAUUCUGGUAGUUUUAACAGCUUUGAGGGUAGUCAUGGAAGUUUGGUUGUGUAUCAUUGUGUUUUUUGUUGUGCUUCUGUACAAUAUGGUGACACCGAUUACUCUCACAGUAAUGACCCUGGAGCGGUAUGUGGCGAUCUGCAUGCCCCUGCGUCACGCAGAGCUGUGCUCCACUCGCAACACGGUGCACUGCAUCCUCAUCAUUCAUGGAAUCAGCUCCAUUCCUUGCAUUGUCAUCCUCUCUGUGUUUUUUGCAUCAGCUUCUGCAAGUGUUUACAAGCAAAACAUGAUUUGCUCAGUAGAAAUAUUUAUAUUAUACCCAUGGCACAAUCAUCUUAGGUCAGCUGUAAGUCAGUUUUUCUUUUUAAUCAUGUGCAUUGUCAUUGUUUUCUCCUAUUACAAAUUAAUGAAGGUAGCCAAAGCAGCAUCAGGAGAAAAUAAAAAGUCAACUUUAAGAGGACUCACAACUGUGCUCCUUCAUGCUUUCCAGCUGCUGCUUUGCCUCAUCCAGCUGUGGUGUCCCUUCAUAGAAGCUGCUGCUCUUCAAAUUGAUAUAAAUCUUUUUUUCAUCGUCAGAUACAGCAAUUAUGUUGUUUUUGUUCUCGCCUCACGAUGUCUGAGUCCUCUGAUAUAUGGCCUCAGGGAUGAAACCUUUUUUCUUGCUUUAAAAAAGUUUUACCGGUCUUAG